UUUGUUUCAAUUUAAAAUAGAAAAUCACCAAAUGUAUGUAGAAUUCGCUGAUGUUCGAGAGGUGAAAAAGUACGAUGCUGUCAUUUGAAUUUCUCCGUCGCUAUUUGGUUUCCAAACACAACAAAUUCAGCAUAUGUGCUUCAGCCAUAACUCUCUGCCUCAAAACGUGCGUUUCCUUAGGUACCCCAGAAUUUGGAAGAGGGGUUCACGUUGAUUCCAUCAAACUCAAUUUAAACUCUAACUGUUUCGUAGGUUCUUCUCUCAUUCGUUUAUACUCACAAUAUGGGAAAAUAAAAGAUGCACAUAAGGUGUUUGAUGAAAUUACUGACAAAGAUAUUGUUGCAUAUACUUCCAUCAUCACUGCAUAUGCUCACUCUGGUGAUUCCUCUGCAUAUGUUGCUUUCACAAUUGCUUCCACAAUGCAGCAACAAGGGCUGAUACCUAAUAGAGUGACAUUAGUGAGCUUGAUGCACGCAUCGACGAAAUCGGGGGCAUUGCUAGAGGGUCGUGGGAUUCAUGGUUAUGCUGUUAGGAGAGGAAUUGGUUUGUGUGAUGAUGUUUUUGAGACGACCCUUUUGGAUAUGUAUUGUAAAUGUGGUGGUAUAGGGAUAGCUGCGUCGGCUUUUAACAAGAUGGAUGCUUUAAGUACGAAAAAUGUUGGUUCUUGGAACACUUUGAUAUCUGCGUUUCUUCGUAGUGGAAAGGCUUUAGAAGCUUUUGAACUUUUUCGUCGAAUGAUGUGUAGAAAUAUUUUGCCUGAUUUGUUAACAUUGGCUAAUGCUAUUCUGUGUUGUUCUGAAUUGAAUUAUUUACGUCGAGGGAUGAGUAUCCAUGGAUACAUGAUUAGGAUGGGGGUGGAACUUGAUCUUGUAGCUUCCACUGCUUUGGUUGAUCUAUACUGUAAACUUGAUGUAACCAAAGCUAGGAAACUGUUUCAAAGAUUGGCAAAUAAGGAUGCUGUUGUAUAUAAUGUUAUGAUGAUCGGUUAUCUAGAAAAUGACUUUGCUGUGGACGCGGUAAAUAUUUUCCGUGAAAUGAUCAAAAUGGAUGUUAGUCUAAAUGUGGCUUUGUUUCUUAAUUUGAUUUCUGCAGUAUCGAAAUUGAGCGACAUUAGAUUAGCCAGGUCUAUCCAUGGUUAUGUAUUGAGACAUAUGCACAUCACACAUGUGGAGAUUGAAAAUCAAAUGAUUCAUGCUUAUGCAAAAUGUGGGUAUGUAGUGGAUGCAAGGGAAUUCUUUAAUAGGAUGGGAACAAGGGACUUGGUUUCAUGGACUUCGAUGAUAACGGGUUACGUUUAUGACGGCCACAUUGAUGAAGCCAUUAUUUUGUUUCGGUUGCUGCAAAGAGAAAAUCUAAAGAUUGAUUCUAUUACUCUAAUUGGUCUCCUUCAGGCAUUAUCCCAGCUUGGAUGUCUAAAUUUUGUUAAAGAAGUUCACUGUUUCAGUUACCGAUUUUUCCAUGGCAGAGAGUUGUCUGUAAAUAAUUCUCUGAUUACCACGUAUGCUAAGUGCGGAAAACUGCGUACGGCUAGGUACAUAUUUCAGCAAAUGGCAGAACGGUGUCUCACAUCAUGGAAUGCAAUGAUAGGUGCGUAUGCGAUGCAUGGAAACUAUACAGAGGUGUUAAAACUCUUUGAUCAUAUGAAAUUUGAAAAAAUUAGACCUGAUGAAGUGACUUUCACAUCAUUACUCACUGCCUGCAGCCACUCAGGAUUGGUAGAAGAGGGUCUACAAAUUUUCAGGAUAAUGAUGAAGGAAUAUGCAAUAAUUCCAGGUGAAGUUCAUUAUAAUUGUAUAGUAGAUUUAUUAAGCAGAGCCGGUCGACUUACGGAGGCAUACAAUGUUGUCAAAAGCAUGCCGUCAACGCAUAGUUCUGCUGCAUUGUCUGCUUUGCUUUCUGCUUGCCGACUAUACGGGGAUACAGAGAUUGGGGAGGCGAUAGCGAAACAGAUAUUAAAAUCAGAACCACAUAGUUCAGGUGCUUAUGCUUUGGUAUCAAAUAUAUGUGCACAAGGGGGAAGAUGGAAUGAAGUAGCCGAAAUAAGGGCCAUGACAAAGAAUACAGAAUUGAGAAGUACUCCAGGAUAUAGUCUGAUACAGAUGAACAGUACAAACUCGCAUUCCAAUGCACGUGACUGUGGAAGUUACAACUUCCAGCUUCGACAUCAUUGCAUGUCCAUAUGUUUGCCGCCGUGGUUCGGAACACGCUAUUAUUCAUAUUCUCAGAUCAUCCGAGUCUCCUGAACAUUUGAUACUAUCUCUCAGAUUUUCCUUUUAUCAUUCUGAAAUCUGCAUGAUGAGGAUUUCAUUCCUUUUCCAUCUUAUUUUUAGCUCAUUUGAUUAUAUUGAAAUUAAGGCCGCUAUUUACAGGGUAUAAACCAUACAAAAAACCAGUUUUUGUAAUGUCCAUAUCUUCAUAGAAGAAUUUUGAUAUAUGGCCAAUGAUAUCAGUGGGUGGUAGUGAUCAUGGUAUAAUUGAAUGUCUAGUAAAAUGAGGUGCGGUUUUUCAACAAACUUCUCACCCAAAAGUUUUUUGGUAAACCAAGGAUUGACCUUUCGAGGUAAGAGAAAUCCAUUUAAAGGAUUGACCUCUCCCAGCAUAUGAUUUUCCAUAUGUACUGGCAAGAGAUCGAAUCCUCAACCAAACAUUUAUCACUUGUGCCAAACCAUGUUGGCACCCAAGAGUAUUUUAAGUGGAGCGUAAAUGGGCUUCAAAAGGUCAAUCAAUUUGAUUAUGGAAUUGGAUAAGAUGCAUUCUUUCCCUUGACAUUUUCACAAAAUACAGGUAGGCAGUGAUCCAAGAAUUAAUUUUCCCCUACCACCCCCCCUUCAUGUGGAAGCGUUCUUGGCUUGGAGUGUGGACAGAAACUAGCUCAACCUCACCUUGUGCUAAGUUUAAAUUUGAUAAAUAGAAAAUGGCAAAGCCAAGAUUAAACUCUUUAUCAUUUGUUAAAGGAGAGUAAGAGACUUUGAUACCAUGUCUAGUAAUGAAAUUCAUUUAUUUAACAGUUUGCUAUUCAUAAAUGACUAGUAUGCAGUUUUGGUAUGGGAUUUAAUUCAUUGUUUCCAUGGUCUAAACACACAAAGCUAUAGAACAGGAAUCAUACAAUCUCUGUAUGGAAAUCAUUUUCCUGUCUAUCAUCCUAUCUUUUCUCACUUAGAAGUAAUAAUGUCUUUAUUGUGGAA